UUUUGGGGCACUCAAAACCGAGAUUUUUCGAUUUUCAGAUCUGGUAUACCAGGCGAACAGAAAUCAGCAGAACGCCGCUAGUUGUUUUUAAAUUUCUUUUCAUUCUUUUUCAGUUUGUGGUUCGAGUCGCGUUCAAUAGAGCUGGAGGGAAUACAAAAAUAAAAGAGGAAGAACCAAUAAAAAUUAGCCAAUGGAAAAUUGUUAUUCAAAUGUGCAAUGAACCUUAGUAGUAUCCAAACUCAUUUCGAUGAUUAUUUCUAUAUGCUAAAUUAUUAAAAACCCAUAUAAUGAGUGAUAUCGCAAACAUCUGGGAAGCUAAUUUGGAUCCAAUGGGUUGGAAAGCGUUGGCGGCUUUCCACUUUGUUUAAAGCGCUGCUCUGUGAUACAAUUGAAUCAGUGGCCGAAUCGGAGUCGGAAGUUGCAAUGAAUCCAGUGUACAUGCGGAUUGUGUGUUCCAUUAUUUUAUUAUUAUUGUUCGACAUCGAUGCGGUCGACAGCCGGCUGGAGUUUACAAAUAUAAAAUGCACCGCCCUGGAUAGAAAAUUCGUAGACUUCCAAGAGUGCUAUCUGAAAGCCGCGAAUCGAACCUAUAAAUACAUUUCAAUCAAUGCUGUUCUUCACCAAAAACCAAUUACCCAAUUUAAGGUAAACUUUGCACUGUAUAAACGCUCCAAUGGCCUGCAACCGAUCAACUAUAACACGACUAUGGACGGCUGUAAGGUAUUCGACAACGAAAGGAAUCCGGUGAAUACAUUUCUAUUUGGCUUGUUCAAGACGUACUCCAACAUCAACCAUACGUGUCCCUACAAUGCAAGUAUCUUAUGGUAUAUCCUAUAGGAUUUUGCCCCUUACUAAUUUGUUUUUGUUUGUGCUUGCAGCAUGAUCUAAUAGUGGAGAAGCUACCCACCACUUUCGUACUGCAACAGUUCUCAACGUUUUUGCCCUUUCCCAGUGGGGACUAUGUCUUCUCCAGCAAUUGGAUCACCCACGGGGGUAAUCGGGCCAAUGUCAGGGUCCAUGCUACCCUAGAUUAAUUCAUUUCGAUUCCGAUUCUAUCAAAUUACAAUAAAUAUAUGGCCUAAAAUGCCUGCAGAAUAGACUAUUUGCUUAUUUAUUUAGCAAAGUUCAAUUAUUGUUCAACAUAAUAUAUUAAUUUAAACGGCAACUUCAACCAAAGAAGAUAAAUCAAACAACAAACCAGGAACAAAAUACAUAAUUGAUAACUAUUAAGUAAAUAAA